CUUCUUUCCCUGCCCCGGAGUCUCGAGCCCUGCCCUUGUCCCUGGUUCCCGGCGGCUGAGCGCUUGCUUGACCUUAGCUGGAGCGGGGGUGGAGUGGGAGAACCAUUUGGGCGCCCCAGUUGAGGUGGAGUAGGAGAAAGCUUUGAAGCUUCUUUUCCGGCGCCUUUUCUGGGCCUUUUCAAAGCUCCGUUUCCCUCCUGAAGUUGAGCACUUAGGCAGAUAACUGCAUGGGAGAAUUCCUUCUAUCAGUGAAGAUUUCAGUCCAUCCAUGCCUUCUCAUCCUCUGCAACUCUUAGAAGAUCCAUCCAAGGGACACUAUGAAUGAAGAGCAGUUUGUCAACAUUGACUUGAACGAUGACAACAUUUGCAGUAUUUGUAAACUGGGAACAGAUAAAGAAACACUUUCCUUCUGCCACCUUUGUUUUGAACUAAAUAUUGAGGGAGUGCCAAAAUCUAAUCUCUUGCAUACAAGAUCAUUAAGGGGCCACAAAGAGUGCUUUGAAAAAUUCCAUUUGAUAGCAAACCAGGAUUGUUCUCGAUCUAAACUCUCCAAAAGCACUUAUGAAGAAGUCAAAACCAUAUUUAGUAAAAAGAUAAAUUGGAUUAUACGGCAUGCCCAGAAUAAGGAUGUAGAGACUGAUUCUGAAUGUUCUAAAACUUCCCAGCACUCACUUUUAAAUUUUAGGCCUAAGUCAGAUAGAAAGUUAUUACCACAGUUUGACUCCCAAGUACCAAAGUAUUCUGCAAAAUGGAUCGAUGGAGCAACAGUAAGCAUCUCAAACCAUGCACAAAGGAUUUUGGAGCAGAGAGAAUCUACAAACUUCGGGCUUGAAAUGCUGCAAGAUCCAAGUGCCCCUUUCUCCCAUAAUAGUGUUUUGUGGUCUCAUCACCAGCAAGCCCAGCAAAAAGAAAAGAAAGCCUUUGUUUCAGAUGUUGGUGACCGGAGACAACACACUUAUUAUACCAGAGAACAAUUGAGUUCAAUGAGCCUUGGUGAGGUAGAGCAGCUGAAUGAAAAGCUUCACCAGCAAGUCCAGGGCGUUUUUGAGCAGCUGGCGCAUCAAGUACAAGUAAAGGAUUCUCUGGCGUCGGAGCUCCACGUCCGACAUAUCGCCAUCGAACAGCUCCUUAAGAACUACUCCAAGUUGCCGUGUCUUCAGGUGGGGAGGCAGGGGAUGAAGGGCCACCUUCCCAUCAGCCACUGAACGGGAGUGCCGGUCCUGCUGCGUCGGGGCGUCGCGGCGGCCUCUGGGGACACGCCGGAACCCCUCCAGAGACACUCGGCCGUGGGACUGAGUCAAAUCUUGAUGUUUUUAGGUCAGCGCAGAGACGAGCUCGGGUUUGAAAGACUCUUUUUUUACCCCGUUACCGCCGAUUGCAAAGGCUCCUCCCCCUUUGGCGGUGGGCUCACUGUGAGAGUCGCCAUUUUCAGGUGCACCCUAGAAAAUGGCAGAGCCCAGCUCAGAGCGAGCGGUUCAAUUGUAGGAGGGGGAAGUCCGUGGGAUUCACCUCCUAUUUAUUAUGAGCAAUAUUUUAAUACGGAAUUUUAUAUGAAGAGGCUAUUUUAGGUACCUUUCCAGUGAUCUAUCUUCAUGAAGAUGCAUUUGAGUGCUUUCUAUACAUGCUUACACAGGUAUAACGAUGUUGCUGCGACUUCAUGGGCUUAGGUAGCUCCUGCCCGGGGAUCUCCUCCACCAGCGAAGACUGCUCACUGCUCUGCAGUCGAUGGGAAGGCCCCCUCCCGAUCCCUGUCGCAUGGAGAGCUUCUAUCAACCACAGGUCCUUCCAGCUGUCCGAACUUGGAAAGGCAUAGUGCCCCCACAUCUCUUAAGUGCCCAACAAAUGUGUGGCAGUGGCAUCAGGGACUAAUGGGAUGACGCUUCCACUUUGAGUUUUUACAAGUUUGUCCAGAUAUAUAGGACAGGCUUAGAGUAGCACGAACAUAACGGCUGGGAUGCUAAAUUUGGAGUCCAGAAGACUCGAGUUCAAAUCUUACCUGGACCCUUAGUGGGGAGGGGGGGUGUUUGGUUUUGGUUUUUUUUAACUCUUACCUUUCAUCUUGGAAUCAAUACUGUGUAUUGAUUCCAAGACAGAAGAAUGAUAAGGGCUAGGCCAUGGGGGUCAAGGGACUUGCCCAGGGUCACCCAGCUGAGAAGUGUCUGAGGUCAGAUUUGAACCUAUGACCUCCCCUCUCUAGGCCUGUCUCUCCAUCCACUGAGCCACCCAGCGGCCCCCCUUAAUAUGUGUUUGACUGUAGGCAAGUCAUUAAUAAAAGGACAAGAAUUUUUAAAAGCCCUGAAUGGAUCAAGUAGUAUGAAUUGACAAAGUACAUUUUUUAUCCCCAAUAUUUAGAAAAGAGAGAAAGAAGGAAAAUUUCUAUGUCAAAGUAGAAUUAUAAUAUUUACUUUUAAUUAUUUGUAUCUGAAUUUGUAGAGAUAGGAAAAAUUAUAGUAAAUAAUAAUGACAUUUUAAAAUUUACUUCAUUUGAUCUACCUGGUCUUUCUAGUAUUAACUUUUCUGAAUCUCCAAAAACUUAAUUAGAUGCACUAUUCCAGGUAACUGCUAUGCUUGAAGCUUGCUUAGAUAGGCCUAUUUUUGUGUUCAUUUGGAUGCAAAUACAACUUUAUAUGCCAAUAAUUGGAUAUAUUUAGAUUUCAUUAUCAUUUGAGCCAUUGAUUGGCUAUUGAAGUAUUAUUACAUUCAUUUUUUUGGUGAAAUUUGAAAGGAAAAUUCUAAUUUUAAUUCCUAAAUUUCUUACCAUUAUUUCCCUUCACAUACAGCCUCAUGUCUUGUAACAGUGAUACCAAAGUGCUCGGCUCUUCUCAGUAUCUCUGUCAUCUCCCAGCUUUGUGCAUUCACACUGGCUGCCAUCUCCCCUUCCUGCAGCGUCCUCCCUGCUCAUCUCCUACUCCUUGGUUUGUCCUUGGCUUUGCACUCGCUGGUGGUCCUAGUGAUAGGCUCCUGGCUCUCUCCUCAGAGGGCACCAGGCCACUCUGGGCAUUCCAAACCACUCUCCAGCGUGUAUUUGUCCGCAUAGUCCUCUCAGAAUAGCUGUCCAGGGGCUGUUCCUGCUCUGCUUUUGCAUCCUCAGUGCCUAGCGCUGUCUGUUACAUCGUCUGUGAGAAGGUACUUAAUAAAUGUUCAAUUGAAUUAAGAAGCUAAAUUGAUUUUUGAAGAAAAAUAAAGUUCAGAGAGCAUCGGUUUAUUAUCUUAGAAGAUUUACUUAAUCUUUUAGGAUUAAAAUGAAGCAGCAUGACCAUAGUGGAGAGAGAGAGAGCAGCCUCCAAAGGCUAGAAGACCUUGUUCCAAUCUGGCCUCUGGGCACAUCAUUUCACCUCACAGUGCUCCAGGCUCCUCCGGGUCACCAAACGGGCCAGCUUUCAUUGGUGGAGGAAGGUUCUCUCCCUCCGAGUUCCCGCACCAGUGAAAUCCCAGCUCUAGAAUUCAAGUGCAGAAUUCUCCUGGCUAGCUUUGCACAUUGAAUCACAUCCCACAUUUAAAAGUGUACCUGCUAUUCAGAUUCCUGAUGCCGUUAAUGGCUAAUUCAGGGAAUCACAGCUGAACGAUUUUCCUUACCCUGGAAAUCGGAUCAAAAUACAAAAAGGGGACUUUAUUGCUUUUUAAACUCCACAUUGAUUUUACAGCAUGCAAUUUUAAAAACAUACAUGUAUGUAUGUAUGCACACUGUAUACAUUGAAGUGUGAAUUGACAGAUCCGAAAGUAUUUUCUAAAUAGUGAAAAUAGAUUUUUGAAUAUCUAUAUUUUUAAUUUUGCCUAACAUAAUGGAAAUUAUUCAGAAUGGUUUCCAUUUUUGUUUAUUGUGAUUGUUUCAUUAUUUACAGUUGAGGUUUUCUUACUAGUUUAUUUGUUUUGGGGGGGCUUGCAUUUUGUUUUCCUUUGAUUUAUGUGUGUUCAUAAAAAUUUGGGCAGCUAUUUUACCGUUUCCUUAACCUAUUUUUCAGUUUUUAGAAAACCCAUUAUUAAAGUUAAGGAGUUUCAAAAUUUUUAAGUCGAUAAUUGGUCGUUUUAUCAAGUCUAAAUAACUUAUGACAAUAGUGAGAGAGUAUUGGCAUCACAAAAUUGUAUAUUAUGGAAAAAUACAAUAAGUAAUACAGUAUUAGGUUUUAUUUCUACUGACUGGAAUUGAGUAAUAUUCUUUUGAAAGAGUUAACUUAAUGUUUUGUAAAAAUAUAGCUAUACAAAGUAAUUUGCUUUUUAUAGUUGCUUCUUAAUUGAAUUUUUAACUCAUAACUUAGUGGAAAGACUAGUUUCUUUUACUAUUUCUGUUUUUAAAAAUUAAAAUAUUGUCAUCAAGAGACAAAAACACCCAAUUUUUAAUUAUUUUUUUCUUGCUCAACUAAGUUGUUUUUUUUGAAAAAUAUAAAUGAAAUUUCUUAAUGAGAUCUUCAUAUAAACCUUGGAUUACACAAUGAGUAAUAUACCUUGAAAGUUUACCAUAAUAGUUCAGAAUCUUGCAUAAUGUAAUUCUGGUUGCACCUCAAGAUUCUAAUUUCAUAUUAUCCUUUCAGAAUUGACUUUUUCAAAGCAAGUGUUAUCUGUUAAGGCAGUCUCUUAUUGUAGACCUUUAACUUCCCCCAACUCCCAACAGUUUCCAGCAUAUUAGCUUAGCUUUAGCUAUUUAACCGUAAUAGUUAGAAUUUCUAAUGUUUAAUCUUAACAAUUUCUCUAUUUUUUCUUAUUUACUACAGAUAACAUAACUAAUUGAAUUUUAAAUAAAAUAUCUAUUUUUAUAUGUACUUUCUCUACUUAAAAGUGUUGCUCUUUUGUGUUUACAGUUCCUAGACAAGGAUAUCUCACACUUGAAUCGCAAUUUUGAAUUAUCUUCUGAUUUCUAUUUGACUUGAAUAAAACUUUUAAAGUCUUAUGUGGCAGCAUUUUGGGAGGGAAAAUGAAAUUGAUUGGAUCUUUACUCCAUUAGCAUAUAAAUGCUUCUUGGAGAAUACUUUUUCUUAACUUCAGUAUGUCUAGGAAUAAUGAUUAUUGCAAGCUAUUAACCCGUAAGUAUGUCCAUUUUGAAAAUAUUAAGAAAGUACUUCUGUGAAAUGGUAUCUCAAGUCACUUUUCAAAAACAAAAAACAUUUAAGCUUGGUUUAAAUUAUCAGUUCAAUGGUAAUUCAGCUAUCUCCAUCUUGUCUUGGAGAUUUUUAAUUCUGUAAAAUUGUACUUUGAACUAUUUUAUGAAAUUAUGGAACCUCUGUUGUAAAAAACCAAAUUGAUUUUGUAAAUUUAUUUACAUAUCAUGUUUUAAUUUUGUACUACUCAGCUUUUAAAUUGUAUAUGCAGUUGUAUAUUCUAAAUUUUAAAGCAAAUAAAUUUCAUCUUUAUAAA